AUGUCGCAGCCUCCUCCGCCUCCUCCCCCAGGAUGGGGACCGCCACCACCUCCUCCUCCGCCUUCUUCUUCUCUGCCUCCUCCCCCUUCAACGCCAGCUCCGCCGCCGCCACCAGGUUUUCGUCCUCCAACCAACACCCAGAUGGCCAAGUUCGCGCAAAAGAAGAACGAAUGGGUGAGGUCGCAACGAAACCGCUUUGGCGAGAAGCGCAAGGGUGGUUUCGUCCAAACCCAGAAGGCAGAUAUGCCUCCUGAACACCUACGGAAAAUUGUUAAGGAUAUCGGAGAUGUCUCGCAGAAAAAAUACACGAACGAUAAGAGAAGCUACCUAGGAGCCCUGAAGUUCAUGCCACACGCAGUUCUGAAGCUCCUCGAAAACAUGCCGAUGCCAUGGGAAUCGGCGCGAGAAGUCAAGGUGCUCUAUCAUGUAAACGGAUGCUUGACUUUGGUCAACGAGAUCCCGCGUGUUAUCGAGCCUGUCUUCUUUGCGCAGUGGGCUAUGAUGUGGACAUUUAUGCGCAAAGAAAAGGCCGACAGACGACUAUUCAAGCGCAUGCGAUUUCCACCUUUCGACGACGAAGAGCCUCCCCUGUCAUGGGCCGAAAACUUGGAGGAUGUUGAGCCACUGGAGCCGAUUCAGAUGGAGUUGGACGAGGAAGAUGACGAGGCCGUAUAUGAAUGGUUCUACGAUCACAGACCCCUUCUGGACACACCGCACGUCAACGGCCCAAGCUACAAGGCCUGGAACCUCACACUACCUCAGAUGGCGACGCUAUUCCGUCUGAGUCGACCACUUGUUUCUGAUGUCGUCGACAAGAACUACUUCUAUCUCUUCGACCUUAAGAGCUUGUUAACAGCCAAGGCUCUCAACGUCGCCCUUCCUGGUGGUCCUCGUUUCGAACCACUGUAUAAAGAUAUCGACCCCAACGACGAAGACUUCGGCGAAUUUAAUGCGAUUGAUCGUAUCAUUUUCCGAAACCCCAUUCGAACCGAGUUCAGGGUCGCCUACCCGUACCUCUAUAAUUCGCUACCAAGAAGUGUUCAUUUAUCGUGGCACUCACACCCUCAGGUCGUAUUCAAUCGUGCGGAUGACCCUGAUCUUCCGACCUUCCAUUUCGAUCGUCGCAUCAACCCCAUCUCGUCGCGAACCGUCGCACCCAAGAAUGUCGAAGUUUCCCAUGAGGACGAGAUAUUUGGCGCUGGUAACAUUGAGGAGUCCGAAGACGAUGCCUUUGAGCUGCCUGCUGGAGUCGAGCCGUUCCUUGCCGAUGAGGAUAUUGAGAAUGAGAACACAUCAUCCGCCGUCGAACUAUGGUGGGCGCCUUACCCAUUUGACCGACGAUCCGGACGCAUGGUUCGAGCACAAGAUGUACCUCUCGUCAAGCAGUGGUACCUCGAGCAUCCUCCCUCGGAUCGACCUCCAGUCAAGGUCCGAGUCUCGUACCAGAAACUCCUCAAAAAUUUCGUAUUGAAUGAAUUGCACAAGAAGAAGCCCAAGGCGCAAAACAAGCAGAACUUGAUGCGAUCACUCAAGCAAACCAAGUUCUUCCAGCAGACAACCAUCGAUUGGGUCGAGGCUGGUCUGCAGGUUUGUCGCCAGGGUUUCAACAUGCUGAACCUCCUUAUCCACCGCAAGAACUUGACGUAUCUUCACCUCGAUUACAAUUUUAAUUUGAAGCCUGUCAAGACUUUGACCACCAAGGAGCGAAAGAAGUCACGUUUCGGAAACGCUUUCCAUCUCAUGCGAGAGAUCUUGAGGCUUACAAAGCUUAUCGUUGAUGCCCAAGUUCAGUACAGACUUGGAAAUAUUGAUGCCUUCCAACUUGCAGAUGGUAUCCUAUACGCCUUCAACCACGUUGGCCAGCUGACGGGCAUGUACCGAUACAAAUACAAGCUGAUGCACCAGAUUCGAACUUGCAAGGAUCUGAAACAUCUCAUUUACUACCGGUUCAAUUCUGGACCUGUCGGUAAGGGUCCUGGAUGUGGUUUCUGGGCUCCCGCUUGGAGAGUUUGGCUUUUCUUCAUGCGAGGAAUUAUUCCUCUGCUUGAAAGAUGGUUAGGAAAUCUUUUGUCUCGUCAAUUUGAGGGUCGACACAGCAAGGGAGUUGCAAAGACCGUCACCAAGCAACGUGUGGAGUCUCAUUUCGAUUUGGAGCUUCGCGCUUCCGUUAUGGCUGAUCUUAUGGACAUGAUGCCUGAGGGUAUCAAGCAGAACAAGGUCAAUACCGUGCUUCAGCAUUUAUCCGAGGCCUGGAGAUGCUGGAAGAGUAAUAUCCCUUGGAAGGUUCCGGGCUUGCCUGCACCCAUUGAGAACAUCAUUCUCCGAUAUGUCAAGUCCAAGGCCGAUUGGUGGAUCUCAGUUGCCCACUACAACCGUGAGCGUAUCCGACGAGGAGCUACCGUUGAUAAGACUGUUGCUAAGAAGAACGUUGGUCGUUUGACUCGACUUUGGCUCAAGGCUGAGCAAGAACGCCAGCACAACCACAUGAAGGAUGGACCUUACGUAUCCUCCGAAGAAGCCAUUGCCAUAUACACAACUACCGUGCAUUGGCUUGAGUCUCGCAAGUUCUCUCCCAUUCCCUUCCCAAGUGUUUCUUAUAAGCACGACACCAAGAUCCUCAUUCUUGCGCUUGAGCGCCUCAGGGAGGCAUAUUCAGUGAAGGGCCGUCUCAACCAGAGCCAACGAGAAGAAUUAGCUUUGAUUGAGCAAGCAUAUGAUAGUCCCGGAACUACACUGGAGCGAAUCAAGCGAUUUUUGCUUACCCAGCGAGCUUUCAAGGAAGUGAACAUCGACAUGAACGACAACUACAGCACCAUCAACCCUGUCUACGAUAUUGAGCCUAUCGAGAAGAUUAGCGAUGCCUACCUGGAUCAAUAUUUGUGGUAUCAAGCAGAUCAGCGACAUCUUUUCCCUGCCUGGAUCAAGCCAUCGGAUUCCGAGGUCCCGCCUUUGCUUGUUUACAAGUGGGCACAGGGCAUCAACAACCUUGACCGUGUGUGGCAGACUGAGAAUGGUGAAUGCAAUGUCAUGAUUGAGACGGAACUAUCCAAGGUUUACGAAAAGAUGGAGCUCACGCUUCUGAACUCUCUCCUCAGACUGAUUAUGGACCACAAUUUGGCGGAUUAUAUCACAGCCAAGAACAACGUCCAACUCACCUACAAGGACAUGAACCAUGUCAACAGUUAUGGCAUGAUCCGUGGCUUGCAGUUCUCUGCAUUUGUGUUCCAAUUCUAUGGCCUUGUGUUGGAUCUUCUGCUUCUGGGUCCUCAGCGAGCCAGCGAGAUUGCUGGACCACCUCAAAGUCCCAACGACUUCUUGCAAUUCCGUGACCGCGAGACUGAGUCUAGCCAUCCCAUCCGACUCUACACCCGAUACAUCGACAAAGUUUGGAUCUUCCUCCGAUUUACUGCCGAGGAGUCUCGAGACCUCAUCCAAAGAUUUCUCACCGAACAACCCGACCCCAACUUUGAGAACGUUAUCGGAUACAAGAGCAAGAAGUGCUGGCCAAGAGAUUCUCGCAUGCGCCUGAUGCGUCAUGAUGUGAACCUUGGACGAGCUGUCUUCUGGGAUAUGAAGAAUCGUCUGCCUCGAUCCGUGACAACGAUCGAGUGGGAUGAAAGCUUUGUCAGCGUUUACAGUCGUGAUAACCCGAACUUGCUCUUCUCUAUGUGUGGUUUUGAAGUCCGCAUUCUCCCCAAGAUUCGCAACCAGAAUGAAGAAUUCCCGGUCAAGGAUAGUGUGUGGUCUCUCGUGGACAACACCACAAAGGAGAGGACUGCUCACGCUUUCCUGCAAGUCACUGAGGAGGAUAUUCAGAAGUUCAACAAUCGUAUUCGACAGAUUCUCAUGUCGUCAGGUUCUACAACUUUCACCAAGAUUGCCAACAAGUGGAACACAGCGUUGAUCGCCCUCUUCACUUAUUAUCGUGAGGCGGCCGUAUCGACCGUCGACCUGCUUGACACAAUUGUCAAGUGCGAGACCAAGAUUCAGACUCGAGUCAAGAUUGGUCUAAACUCCAAAAUGCCUUCUCGUUUCCCUCCUGCCGUCUUCUACACCCCCAAGGAGCUUGGUGGUCUUGGAAUGAUUUCGGGCUCACAUAUUCUUAUUCCUGCUAGUGAUAAGCGUUGGUCAAAGCAAACCGACACUGGCGUUACUCAUUACAGGGCAGGAAUGACCCACGAUGAGGAGACCCUCAUCCCGAAUAUUUUCCGAUACAUCAUCCCCUGGGAGGCCGAGUUCAUCGACUCUCAACGAGUCUGGACAGAAUAUUCCCAGAAACGUCUUGAAGCCAAUCAACAGAACCGUCGUCUUACUCUUGAGGAUCUUGAGGAUAGUUGGGAUCGCGGUCUUCCUCGAAUCAACACCUUGUUCCAAAAGGACCGAAGCACCCUGAGCUUCGAUAAGGGAUUCCGAGCUCGAGCUGAAUUCAAGAUCUAUCAAUUGAUGAAGAAUAAUCCUUUCUGGUGGACUAGUCAACGUCAUGAUGGAAAAUUGUGGAACCUGAAUGCUUAUCGUACCGAUGUGAUCCAGGCAUUGGGUGGUGUUGAGACCAUCCUCGAACACACUCAAAUUCCUAACCGUCGCUUCACUUUGUGGUGGUCACCCACCAUCAACCGAGCCAACGUCUACGUGGGUUUCCAGGUCCAGCUUGAUUUGACUGGCAUUUUCUUGCACGGAAAGAUCCCUACUCUGAAGAUCUCGCUUAUCCAGAUCUUCCGAGCUCAUUUGUGGCAGAAGAUCCAUGAGUCUGUUGUUAUGGAUCUUUGCCAGGUGUUUGACCAGGAACUGGAAUCUCUAGGCAUUGAAACAGUUCAGAAAGAGACCAUUCAUCCUCGAAAGUCUUACAAGAUGAACAGUUCUUGUGCCGAUAUCCUUCUGUUCUCUAACCACAAGUGGAAUGUGACCAGACCUUCACUUCUUUACGAUACCAAGGAUGUUAUUGAGCAGACAACUACCAACAAGUUCUGGAUUGAUGUUCAGCUCCGAUAUGGCGACUACGACUCACAUGAUAUUGAACGAUACACACGUGCAAAGUAUCUCGACUAUACGACAGACAGUGCCAGUAUCUACCCCUCAGCUACUGGUCUCAUGAUUGGCAUCGAUCUUGCCUACAACCUCUACUCUGCUUAUGGCAUGUACUUCCCUGGUCUCAAGGUCCUUGUGCAGCAGGCUAUGGCCAAGGUCAUGAAGGCGAACCCCGCUCUGUACGUUUUGCGCGAGCGUAUCCGAAAGGGUCUACAGCUCUACGCUUCUGAGAGCAACCAGGAGUUCUUGAACUCCCAGAACUACUCGGAAUUGUUUAGCAACCAGACACAGUUGUUUAUCGAUGACACAAACGUCUACCGUGUCACCAUUCACAAGACCUUUGAGGGUAACUUGACAACCAAGCCUAUCAACGGUGCUAUCUUCAUCUUCAACCCAAGAACCGGACAGCUCUUCCUCAAGAUCAUUCACACUAGUGUCUGGGCUGGACAGAAGCGUCUUGGUCAACUCGCCAAGUGGAAGACGGCCGAAGAAGUCGCUGCUCUGAUCCGAUCAUUGCCUGUGGAAGAACAACCCAAGCAGCUGAUUGUGACAAGAAAGGGUCUUUUGGAUCCUCUCGAGGUCCACUUGCUCGACUUCCCCAACAUUUCCAUUCGGGCUUCAGAGCUUCAGCUUCCCUUCCAGGCAGCGAUGAAGGUGGAGAAGCUUGGUGACAUGAUUCUGCGUGCCACUGAACCUCAGAUGGUGCUUUUCAACCUGUACGAUGAGUGGCUGAAGAGUAUUUCAUCUUACACUGCCUUCUCUCGUCUUGUUCUUAUUCUGCGCGCGCUCCACGUCAACCCUGACAAGACGAAGCUCAUUCUCCGACCUGACAAGACUGUCAUUACACACGAGCACCAUAUUUGGCCAUCGCUCUCAGAUGAAGAUUGGAUCAAGGUUGAAACGCAGCUUCGAGAUCUUAUCCUGAAUGACUACGGCAAGAAGAACAAUGUCAAUGUCUCCAGUUUGACGACCAGCGAAGUGCGAGAUAUUAUCCUGGGUAUGGAAAUUUCAGCCCCAUCAAUGCAACGACAACAAGCCGCCGAAAUUGAGAAGCAACAACAAGAGCAGGCACAGUUGACCGCUGUGACUACGAAGACCCAGAACGUCCAUGGCGAAGAGAUCAUUGUUACCACAACUUCGCAAUUCGAGCAGCAAACAUUUGCCUCCAAGACUGAGUGGCGAACACGAGCCAUUGCUACAUCCAACUUGCGCACACGAGCAAAGAACAUUUAUGUCUCGUCGGUUGACAAUGAUCUUGACGAUAUCACCUACGUCAUGCCAAACAACAUUCUGAAGCGCUUCAUCACCAUUGCUGACCUCAGAGUUCAAGUGGCCGGCUACCUGUACGGUUCCUCAGCCCCCGACAACGACCAGGUCAAGGAGAUCAAGUGUAUUGUCAUGAUCCCCCAGAUUGGCGGCCUCCGCAACAUCCAAUUGCCCCAGCAACUUCCUCAGAGCGAGUUCCUUGAAGGAAUGGAGCCUCUAGGUGUGAUCCACACCGUCUCUGGCAGCGAACUACCUUACAUGUCUGCCAUGGAUGUGACAGAACACUCAAAGCUCCUCGAUGCGCAUAACGAGUGGGACAAGACCAACACGGUCACGGUCUCGGUUGCAUUCACACCUGGCAGUGUAUCUCUAUCGGCGUGGGGCCUCACACCAGCAGGCUACAAGUGGGGAGCUGAGAACAAGGACACCCAGAGUGAUCAACCUCAAGGGUUUACUACAACGAUGGGCGAGAAGCGAAAGCUGUUGCUGAGCCCACGGUUCAGGGGAUUCUUCUUGGUACCGGACGAUGGCAGGUGGAACUACAGCUUUAUGGGCAACGCGUUUGCUGGGAUGGAGAAGAGGCCUGUCCACGUCAAGCUGGAUACGCCACUGCCGUUCUAUAGCGACCAGCACAGACCAGUGCAUUUCGUUAACUUUGCGGAACUGGAGGAUAUUUGGGUGGACCGAUCGGAUAACUUUGCUUAA